GACAAGUUUUACACAAAUUUUCAAAUAUUAAUGAAAACAAAAGGAUUGACAAUAAGUUUGCCAUCAAUUCAUGUCUUCAUCCCAUUGAUCACCACUUAAUCGGACACUGAAUCCGUAUAAUCACCGAAAUUAUGGAGCAAAAGAGCGAAAUCGACGAAAACGACACAAACGGCGAGGAGGAGGACGAAGAGAUGUCCACCAAUGGAGACAAUCAACAGAUGACGUCCGACAACAGCGACAAUCAGUCGAUGUCUGUGUCACACGUGGGACGCAAGCCACUCAAUGGUAUGCCCUGUAGUCUCAAGACAUUAGUCAACGACAAGAUACUGGAGCCGAAGGACGGAUCACUUUCUAUUGAAUACAUGGGCGCUAAGUUUAUGGCAGACCUGUUGCCCAACGGAUCCAUUCGGCUGACAGAGACAAAGCAGGUGUUUGUGAGCCCUUCCUCGUGGGUAAACCACUGCCGAAAGCUGGUCAGCGGUGACGCCAAACUGGGCAGCGCCUGGUCUACCAUCAGAUACGACGGCAAACGUCUCGACUCUUAUAAACUUCGGUGGUAUCGGAAGCAGAAGAAAAUGGCCGGAAAUAAAGACUCGGACAUUACUUCGAGCCAUUUGGACGUCAAGUCUGGCAUCUGUUCCAAGAGUGGGCUAUAUUUGAACGAAUCGGUGGACAUCGAGAAGUAUGGAAAUAAGACACUUAAGGACGUGAAUGUUGUCGACCAUAAACUUCUGGGCAACCGAUCGGAUGACCGGCCGACGAAUGUGAUGGUGAAGUGUCAGCCGUUCUCAGCAUUGGAUCGGAUCCAGCCGUUCACUAUCACCAUAUCGACCAAUGCUUUACUUCUCAUUGACUUUCACUGUCAUCUCACAAACCGUGAAGUAGUUGGCUAUUUAGCGGGCAAUUGGGAUGUCGGCGCCCAUAACUUGGCUAUAGUUCAGGCGUUUCCCUGCAGAAGCAAACUCACCGACAGAGACAACUCAGCGAUGGUCGAGGAGGAGAUCAAACAGGCCUUGGAGAGGAGACACUUGAAUCUGAUUGGUUGGUACCACAGUCACCCGAAAGCAGUUCCCCAGCCGACCAUUAAGGACAUCGACAGCCAAAUGGAAUAUCAGAUCGCAAUGAAAGGCGAAAGCGAUUCCUCGUAUACGCCAUGUGUUGGACUCAUUUGUGCGCCUUUUUAUGAGUAUAACGACGGUCUGUCCGCCACUUUCCAGGUCUAUUGGGUUAUGCCUCCCCCAGAAUACCGGCCCAAUGAAUAUGGAAAACCAAUGCAAAUGACUUAUACCGUAUCCAGGGAUUCAUUCCUCACACAAGACUUACUCUUAGAAAUGCGACUUUUGGCCCACUUUUACGCCGUUUCUAAUGAUUUCAUUCAAUUUGGCAAAGAUUUUAAAAAUAAGCAAACAUUUUGGCAAAAACUUCAGACUUCACUGAAAUCCAAAUUACCUCGAGAUCUACUUGAUAUCGAGGGACAGUCCACAUCUCAAGCACAGGUCCAACAACAAGCGUUGUCACACUUCUGGGCUUUUAUUAAGGGUUUGCUUAUGCCUUAACUUAUGUCCAAAAGUCUUAAAUAAAUAAUUACUUAAUUGAUGUCUUAUGGGAUCAUUAACAUUGC